AAGACCCUCCAUCCAUGCAUGCAUUGCCAGGCAAAAUCACGGUUCAACGCAUCUCCCUGCAUCGUGCCCUCCCCUCGAGCUGUGUCCCCAUCCUCAUCUUAGCUCUCUCUAAUCCAUAGUAAACCCGAUUUGACAAUCUCCCAUGAAACGAAUUUAAGCUGAAGAUUUCAGCGGCUAGCAUUCUUGUUCCUAUUAUACAGUAGCUCUCUCUGAUUUGAAGACGGUACCAAUACUGUUACGUGAGUUUGUUGAAGUAAGAUGCCUUCCAGCCGUCGUCCCGUUCGAAGGAUCCAAUCGGAAGGAGUGCCGAGGGCAUCAUCGUCUGCAACAACAACGACAAAGAAGAAGAAGAAGAUCCAACGACGAUCGACCAACAGCAGCCGACGAGAUCAUGCUAGUAACAAUGCAACGAUCUAUGAAAAUGUGAAUUUGAAUUCGGUCCGAGGAAGUCUCACGCUGAGUGAUGCAGAAUUGUGCUUUGAAUCCAACGAUGGUGGGAAGAAGAUUCACUUGAACUGGGAUCAACUGAGCGAUCACAAAAUCAAUCGCUCGGUUCACAAACUCAAAAUCAUUUCCAAGAAGAACAAGGCCAAAGUCCUCGAGUUGCCCGAUCGCAGCAGUCUCAUACAGGUACACAAAGAUAUUCAGAGACGGAAAUCCAGUACUGGAAUCACCACUGGAAAUAGUGCCGACAUUCGAAUUUCCUCCUCCAUGGAUGAUUCUCUCCGCAUACAAGAUUUUGCCUUGAACGAUACUACUGACAACAAUGACGACAAUGACAAUGAGUUCGAACCACUGCACAGUUCCAUGCCCGUGAUUCCCACUGAUCAUAGUAGCAAUGAGACCGAUAGCAGCAGCAAAGCCAGGCCCAAGCUGCGCAAAACCAAGAGCCAAACGGAUCGCAAAAAGAAGAAGAAGAAGAAGAAAGACCCCCUGUCAUCCAUCAGUGAACACCAACAGAAACAACCAGAAUACAACUGGAAACAACAUCUCAAACAACUCAAACUGCAACACUCCAAACUAAAACCUCUCCAGUCCUUGAAGGAAGAAGAAGACGAAGAAACACUACCAAAAAUUGACAAAAAGAAAACAGAGACUGAUGAUGCAACCUUGGAACCUGCGAAACGACUGGACGAAUGCUCCAAUAAGACGGAUGAAGAUGCCGGUCCAGAAAACAAGAGAAUCUCCUUGGAACUUUCCGAUCUGGGUCCCAAACAAAAACUGGCCAAAGCACUCGUCGGCAGCUCACUCACCGAGGAUGGAAAUGCUUCUUCCAAACGACAACAAAUGAUUGAUGCCUUGACGAGCUCGGUGACAUCCAACUCGUCCAACGAUGGCAACAACAGCAAACGAACCCUACCAGAAUCACUCAACAACUCACUCACGGGAUCCUUCAACAUGACGGAGGAAGAAAUGGAAGCGCAAAUCUUGCUCGUCAUGGGUGGCAACGCUAACAAUACUAAUACUACUAGCAAUCCACCGCAAGACGAAAAGGCGGCUCGCAAAUCCCGCAUGAGUAUGCGCAUGUCAACGCGGGUGUCCACCAUGAAUGCCAAUCGAAGGACCAGUCGCAUGAGUAAUACCACCAAUACUAAUAAGCGCAUGAGUACACGCAUGAGCAUGACCAACAAUCCACGUAUGAGUACUCGCAUGAGUGUCACACGACGAGGCAGUGGCAGUUUUAUCAUGCUCAAGGAUUUGGAAGAACGAGAUGAGUUUCACAAGGUACAAGCCGCUGGCUUUUUGAGGGAACUGUACAAGCUUGCGGAAGCAGAAACCAACCAAGCAUUAAAAGAAACCAUUCUGACAAGGAGUACUUCCUCGGGUCCUGUUGGUGGUGGUGGUGGUGCAUCAGGAGGAGGCAAGGCCGAUGGGGAUAUCAACUUUGAGGGACUGGAUCUGGCAACACUGACUCCAGAACAAGGCAAGGCCAAAAUUGAUGCGCUCCAUGCGGGAGGAAAGAUUGAUGGUGAUAGCUUGAUAGCCUUGAUUCAGGCUGGAGUGACCAUGCUGGGACAAGAGGAGACAGUUGUCGAUAUUCGACAAAUUCAUCCCAAUCUGCAAAAAGUCACGGCAGUGGGUGAUUUGCACGGAAGUUUGGAAUGCCUCAUGGUGGUCCUCAAAAUGGCAGACCUGGAAAGCAUUAUGGGAGAGGAAAAGGGCUCUGUCAUUGUGUUUGAUGGAGACUUUGUCGAUCGUGGGAACAAUUCACUGGAAGUCAUUGCCACCCUGCUCUUGCUGAAAUUGUCACAUCCCAAGAAUGUUUUCUUGUUACGUGGUAAUCAUGAGGAUUCCAUGACGGCAUCCUCGUAUGGAUUUCGUGAAGAAGUGGAUGAAAAGUAUGGCUACGACAAGGGAGAUGAGAUUUGGUGGGAGUUCGGAUACCUCUUUGCUGCCUUUCCGAUUGUGGCUCGAACCAACAUGGCAGCCAUUAUGCAUGGCGGCCUCUGUGUAGAAGAAUUUGAUCUUGAUGAUCUCAAUGAGAUCGCCAAGGAGACUCGUUGCGAGAUGAAGACAAUUUCAGAUCCAUAUGAUGAUGAGGAACGGCUCUUGCAGGGAAUCUUGUGGAGCGAUCCCUCUGAGGAACCAGGCAUCAAUUUCAGCGAUCGGGGUGCUGGAUUCACCUUUGGGGCCGACAUUUCCGCAGAUUUUUUGGACCGGCAUGAGCUGAAAUACAUUAUUCGGGCCCAUGAAGUUGUGGAAACGGGUCAUUGCGAGCAUGAUGUUGGAGAGGGGCGAGGCGUCAUUACCAUUUUCUCAUCUGCAAACUAUCCAGCAGGGGAAGGUACCAACUAUGGAGCAGUCCUAUUCCUGGAUGAUCAAUCGGGGGAGUACACCACAAAAGACUUCAUUCACAAGGAAGACACAGGCUCUCAAGAAUCCGAAAUGCUUCGAGCCCUGCUGGGGACCUUUGUGGAUGGCCACAAGAGUCACCUGACCAAAGCCUUUCGAGAAAAGCAAACCAAGGAUGGGUUGGUCACCUGCGAACAGUGGUCAGAUGUGAUUGCUGAGCUUUUGGAACUUCCCGACAUUUGCCUGACAUUGUUGGAUAUGCAACCAGAAUUGGCACCUGCCACAGAAGAGGAAGGUGAUCACAUUGAUUGGACAGCCUUUUUGAACAAGUACACAACAAUUCCCACUGCACAAGUGCUGGCCAAGGAUCAAUUGGCAGCCUUGAGUGAGAACAAGGACAAGUUCUUGGAUAUUUUCCAGCUAAUGGACACUUCUGGAGAUGGCAACAUUUCCAAGGAAGAGUUUGUGUCUGGUAUGAACAUGUUGAAUGAACAAAUCGAUCAGAACAUUGACGAUGCUGAAAAGUUGUUUGAAGCAUUUGAUGUGGACAGCGAUGGAGAGAUCUCGAUCUUGGAGUUCAGCAAGGCUAUCCAAUCAUCAACUGUUUUGCAAGGCAUGACAGAAGCAUUGAAAGAUGAUCAGGUGGAGCAUUUGAAACAGAAUCAAGAAAUGAUAUCGACUUCCUUCAAAUAUCUGGAUAGCAACAAGGAUGGUGUGAUUGACCGUUCAGAGUUCGAGAAGGGAUUUGAAGCAUUGAACCAACGAUUGCCGGAACGAAACAAAUUUGGAAACUAUGAGGACUGGUUCAACAUGUUUGAGCUGAGCGACAAGGAGCAGAUUGAAUUCAAUGCGUUCAAGCAACUGUUUUGCUCAAUUUGAUGUGUACGCAGAUGCCACCAGUAAAGUCUUGGCAAAUCAUGGGGCACAUCAACGGAAACAAGCUGUGGACGACGUGCAUAGUGAUCGAGAUACGUGGGUUCCACUGCAACUGGUAUACUCUUCAUGCAGGCGGCUGGCUCGCUGCCAUGCCCAGUAUCUCAGCUCAAGACGAUGUCCAUGUUUAGGCUCACUCCGCAUACGUCUUGGGGUUGAUGCAACUUCUUGGGACCGGGGCACACCCUUGUCUCCGGCUUGGAAGAAAGCUGAGGCAACGCUUUCAGAUCAGAAGAACGUAUACAAUGUACUACUUGUCGAGAUUCCGGAGUCCGUAUUCGACUAAAAUGUGCACAACACAACGGCAUGUAGCCUUCUUUGUGUCCUUGCGAACCCCGCACAUUGGCCGCAGGUCGUCGAAAGAGGUAUGGGUGAGCAAGAGUAAUCCGAUUAACCCGUUAGAGACCAAGAGUGAAGCUAUCGCACAACACCAUGAAUUGUUGAAUUCCGGUACAAACCAACGGCUUGCUGCAGCGCACA